GAAGGCGAUUGACUAUGGAGGAUGGGUGAAGGCAAUGAAAGUGGAAGGAGUAAAGUGCUUGGCUAUGGUGGAUGGGUGAAGGAGGUGGGAUGGAAGGAGUGAAGGUGCUUGACUAUGGUGGAUGGGUGAAGGAGGUGGAGGUGGACGAAGGUGUGAGUGUGCUUGGCUAUGGUGGAUGGGUGAAGGAGGUGGAGGUGGAAAAAGGUGUGAAGGUGCUUGGCUAUGGUGGAUGGGUGAAGGAGGUGGAGGUGGAAGGAGGUGUGAAGGAGGUGGAGGUGGAAGGAGUGAAGGUGCUUGGCUAUGGUGGGGGGGUGAAGGAGGUGGAGGUGGAAGCUGGUGUGAAGAUGCUUGUCUAUGGCGGAUGGGUGAAGGAGGUGGAGGUCGAAGGUGGAAGUAUGAAGUCCAUGGACUUAAGUUCAGUGUUAAUGAAAUUGAAUACUAGUCCAGAAUUGUAUCAUAUACUGGCGAGAGCAUUGGACGCGGGCGUCAUAGACUCUGAAGAGGCAAACCUUGUUGGCAGAAUGCUGAGGGUGGAUUUUGAAAGGGGUGGAAUACACCUGCCUGAUGAGAAGCGAGCAAAGGUGGAGCAGCUCACAAAUACCAUUACAGCGCUUGGCAUGGAGUUCCAGAAGAACAUUGUUGAGGAGAAGCAGGAGGUCGAUGUUUUCCCAGCGUCGCGGUUGAGGGCGGUGCCAGCACCUGUGAGCGCGAUGUUACGGCCUAUUGUUCGUCUCAGUGAUGGGACUGUGAUGCUUGCCUCUGCCCGUGAAAGAACUUCAGGACUGGGAAAGAAGGGAUCUGACUUUGGCGCACGGAUGUCGCCCGCCGAGUGUGGCCUCCGUGUUUCGACUGACCAAGUUAUUCUCUCCGCCAUACUAAAAUGGGUUCCAGAUGCCCAGGUGCGCAGGGAUAUAUUCAUCGCAGGACACAGCACACCGAAGAAGAACUUGGCUGUCUUGGAAAAUCUUAUUGCUACCCGGCAUGAGCUUGCUGAGCUGCUUGGAUUUCCAUCAUUCGCACACUAUAUGGUGCAGCCCUUGGUGGCCAGGUCGCCGGAUGCGAUAUUGAAGUUUCUUCAUGAGCUCAGCGACAAGCUACGUCCAAAAGCUGAAGAGGAGCUGAAGUUGCUGAUGGAGUGUAAGCAAAGCACAAAGCCCGAGUCUGACAUCCAUGCUUGGGACCGGGCUUUCUACAAUGGUCUGGUGAAGGCACGCACUUACAAUCUUGAUGCCCGGACUGUUGCCGCUUAUUUUUCUCUCCAGGGAUGCCUGUCAGGGUUAUCUCUGUUGACGAAGAGCCUUUUUGGUGUUGAGCUGCGGGAGAUUCAGAUGCCACCAGGAGAAGCAUGGGCACCUGAUAUCAUGAAGCUUGCACUUAGUCAUGAUACAGAGGGUGAUCUUGGCUACAUCUACUUGGACUUGUACCCACGACCUAACAAGUAUCCACAUGCUGCACACUUUACUCUCAGAUGCGGUCGGCGGAUAUCAGAGAGUGAAUAUCAGUUGCCGGUAGUUGCUCUGGUGUGCAACUUCCCUCGGCCUCUUGCAGCAUCACCGUCACUCUUGGGACAUGGUGAGCUGGAGACGCUGUUUCACGAGUUUGGCCACGCUCUGCAUUCUCUCCUGUCACGCACAGAGUUUCAGCACCUCUCUGGGACGCGAGCUGCACUGGAUUUCGUGGAAACACCUUCAAACUUGAUGGAGUACUUUGCCUGGGAUUAUCGGCUCCUGAGUAGAUUCGCAAGACAUUAUUCGACUAACGACGUGAUUCCAGAGGUCAUGGUGAAUGCAAUUCGACAGUCGAAGCUUAUGUCCUCAGCAACUGACAUGCAGACUCAGGCUCAAGAGGAGCAAUGGGCCGCCAUUUUAAAAGAGAGAAAAGAGGAGAAGGAGCUCCUCAAGCAGGCGAAGUUAAAGGCAAUCGCAGAGGAGCAGGGGGCAAAGAAAAAGUUGGAGGAGGAGAUGAUGAGAUUACAGGAGGAAGAGGAAGAGAAAAGGAGAGAUGUCGAAGAAGCAGCAGCAGAGGAGGAGGAAGCAUUGGAAGGACUCCUCAGAAGGCGUACCGGAGAGAGAGGACAGAGCAGUGGCACGAAGGAAGAAGAUUUGUGGAUGGAGAAGAAGAUAUCCGAAUGGGUGGCUAAUUUAUCAUUGGGAGAAGACGAAGAGGUAGUGUUAUAUGUGCCUCGGGAGGAGAAACAAGCAAUAGCCAGGGAGCUGGAAGCUAUGGAGGACCCCCUGGACCGCCAGACGCUGGAGGAUGAAAAGAGAUUGGAGUGGAAGUUGCAUUUGGCAAGGGAGAAGAAGAGAAGGAGGGAGGAGGCCAACCGGAUGGCCAAGGAAGUGGAAAGAAUACAAUCGUGUAAGCAAGAAGUGGGAGCGCAGCAGGAUAUUCCGGCCAAACUAGACAAGAUUUUGAGUUAUCUAGAGAUUUUGGGACAGGGCUGGACUGAGCAAUGUCAAGCUAAUAAGGGCCAAGAGGUGACCCUCCAUUCCAUCCGGACCGGGUUUAGAGAGUUUGCGCGCGACGUGGUGACCCACAUCGGGACCGAAGUUAAGAGACUGAAGGAAGGCGCAGAGAGGUUAUGUGCAGGCGCCAUUGAAGGUGCCAAGGUAGUGGCCACGACAGAGGCCGAAACACGUCCCCGCAAAGAGCCUGUCAAGCUCAAAUUUCCUGACUCGGGAAAGAGGACUAUGAUAAUUGGGAGGCCAGCAUCAACACCGUUCGCGCUAUUAGUGAGAAAGGAGCAGUUAGAGGAGCCGGUCUUUGUAGCUUAUAUAAGGCCUGUCACUGAGCCUAGAGAAGACACACCCAUGGAUCCAACCAUCGCCAAGCUGCUGGAAGAGUUUAAGGACUUAGCAGAGUCGCCGACAGGAGUAGUACCGCGGCCGAUCCAGCACCGGAUAGACAUAGAGCCUGGCAGUAGAACUCCUAAGGGAGCAGUCUACAGGAUGUCCCCAAGGGAGUUAGAGGAGCUGCGAAAGCAGUUAGACGAGCUGCUAGAAAAAGGUUGGAUUAGGCCCAGUUCGUCUCCUUUUGGAGCACCGUUAUUAUUUGUCCCCAAAAAGGAGGGAGAGUUACGCAUGUGUAUAGGUUAUAGGGGUCUAAAUGCGAUCACAGUAAAGAAUGUUGAACCGCUACCUAGGAUAAAUGAUCUUUUAGAUCGGGUGCAGAGUUAUAAGUAUUUCUCGAAGAUAAGACUUAAAGUCCGCAUAUCAUCAGAUAGAGGUUCAUCCUGAUGACCAGUACUAGACUGCCUUCCAGACGAGAUAUGGGCAUUAUGAGUUUAUAGUGAUGCCCUUUGGACUG